AAGAUGCGAAUACGAACGAUAAACAAAACAUCAACAUUACUUAAGCACUUUUACCAGUUUAGUUUGGCAAACGAAGGAUGGAGACCUGGCAUAAAUGAUGUUGACUGCCUAUUAGAACAUGAGAAAGCCACGGUAUAUAUUUUGGAGUUAAAAAACAAACCUGUUGGAAUAAUCUGCAUCACAAAAUAUGGCUCAAACCUUAUACAUUUUGGCAAUUUCUUCAUCCAUAAAGACUAUCGAAACCUAGGCCACGGCAAACGUUUCUUACAAGAUGUAUGGGAACGCCUUGAUGAAAAUCCAGAAAUUGAAAAUAAGGUGUGGUACGCGGUACCUGAGAUGGCUGAGUUCUACAGGAAGACACUUGGUGGUGUUGAUCAAUGGACGGUUGGUCUUUAUGAUCUUAAUGUGACAAGAAGUUUAGAAAAACUUCAAAGUUAUUCAAGCCAUUUUCAAUUGAAUCAAAUCAAUGAAAAUAAUAUACACGACGUGAUAGCUUACGACAACAAAGUGUUUGGAUACCCACGAGAAGAAUUUUUGAGAAUGUGGUUAAGUACACCUGGUACGCAUGCUCGAGCAGCUUUCAACAAGGAUGGGCAGAUUUUAGGCUACGUUGUUGUAAGAUUGACUUUCUUCCCUGAAGAAGGUUACAAAGUUGGUCCACUUUAUUGCGAAGACAUCGAAGUAGGAAAAUCACUGAUAAAAAGUGUUUUCGAAGAUAUCAACGAUCACGGUUUUUCACAUUCUAAUUCAAUCGUCGUAGAAAGCCCAACGGGACGGAAUCCAAAGGCGAAAGAGUUAAUGGAAUUCCUCGAAAGUAAAUACAAUGGGGCUGUGUAUUACCAGACAACAAACGGUCUUCCUAAUUCCUGUUUUAAUCAUUGGUUUGGUAUAUUUUCUCUUGCGUAUGGAUAGAAUCUAAUCAACAUUCUAUAAUAUGAGCAUUUAUAUACAUGAAAAUUCUGAUGGAAGAUCAAGUUGUGGAGUAAUAGUUUUUUCAAUAUUUGGAUGUAUAAUGAAA